AUGGGCAAGCAUGCACAGCUUGUGAUGGGACCCGCUGGCAGUGGCAAGUCCACAUACUGCGACAUCGUGCGGCAGCAUUGCGAGAACAUUGGACGAACGGUGCACGUCGUGAAUCUCGAUCCUGCGGCCGAGGUCUUCAAGUACCCCGUCUCCGUCGAUAUACGAGAGCUGAUCACGGUGGACGAGAUCAUGGAGGACAUGCAGUACGGACCCAACGGCGGCCUCGUGUUCUGCAUGGAGUACCUCAUCCAGAACCUCGAUUGGCUGCGGGACGAGGUCGGCGACUUUGAGGAGGACUACCUCAUCAUCGAUUGCCCUGGCCAGAUUGAGCUGUUCACGCACUACCCCGUGAUGCGAGUAUUCGCCUCGGAGCUGCAGCGGAUGGGCUACCAAGUGUGCGCCGUCUACACGCUGGACUCGAACUUCAUGUCCGACUCGGCCAAGUUCAUCUCCGGCAUGCUGAUGUGCCUCUCCGUCAUGUAUCAAAUGGAGCUGCCGCACAUCAACGUGCUCACCAAGAUGGACGUCUACGAGAACACGCACGGCAAGCAGAAGCACACCGACCUGGAAAAGUUCUUCGAUCCCGACCUCCCCCAGCUCACAGAGGAGCUCAACAGAGACAUGGGAAAGAAGUUCUACAAGCUCAACGCCGCCAUCGGAUCCCUGCUGGAGAACGACCCGAUGGUGUCGUUCAUUCCGCUCAACAUCAAGGACGAGGACAGCAUCGAGGUGCUGUUGGCUCACAUCGACAACGCCAUCCAGUACGGCGAGGACCUCGAGCCCAAGGCGCCCAAGGAUCUCGAGGAGUAG